GUUCAAGUAAUUAAUUUUCCCUCGGUUGGCAUGGAUCCGAAUGGACCACCAAGUACACAGGGGCUGCCUUCGCCUGGCGAUUUAAUCCUGCAGCAGAAGAAAGAUGCUAUCCAGGCGGCCGCGCAGCCCACCGGAGAUGGUGGGCUUUUCGCCCAGCUAUCUAGCAAUCCUUUCUUCACAGCGGGCUUCGGUCUCGCCGGUUUGGGUGCUGGAUUAAGUUUUGCUCAAAAAGGGAUUCGACAUGGCGCUGCACUCUUGCGAAGGCGCAUGCUCGUGGAUGUGGAAAUCAGCGUAAAGGAUGAUUCAUAUCCCUGGUUUCUUCAUUGGAUGACGCUAUAUCAACGUUCGCAGCUCAAUUCAGCUCAGUCGGCAGCCAGCAGGUCUGGCUUCAUGGAAUCCUUACUCCAGAAAAUGACCCCCGGGAUGCGCCACCUCUCGAUCCAAACGCAAAAAGUCGAACACUCAAACGGUGCGAUACAUACACACUUUUCGUUAGUUCCCGGUCCAGGGAGACAUGUCUUGCGUUACAAGAAUGCGUUUAUCUUUGUAAAUCGGAUGCGCGAGUCGAAGUCACUGGACCUUCAGACUGGUCGCCCGUGGGAGACGAUUACCCUGACCACUCUCUAUUCGCAUCGCCAUGUUUUUGAAGAUCUCUUCAGAGAGGCUCACGCAUAUGCGGCUAAAUCACAUGAAGGCAAGACAUCAAUCUACAACAGCUGGGGUACUGAAUGGAAGCUGUUUGGACAACCGCGACGGAAGCGUCCUUUGGAAUCAGUCAUUCUUGACGAGGGUGUCAAGGAACGGAUUGUGGACGAUGUUAAAGACUUUCUUUCUAGCGGAAAAUGGUACCAUGAUCGUGGGAUACCGUACCGACGGGGCUAUCUACUCUACGGACCGCCAGGCACAGGAAAAAGCUCCUUUAUCCAGGCUUUGGCAGGCGAACUAGACUACGAUAUUGCCAUUCUCAACCUGAGUGAACGGGGAUUGACAGAUGAUCGGUUGAAUCAUCUCCUCACCAUUGUUCCUAACCGGACACUUGUUUUGCUGGAAGACGUAGAUGCUGCCUUCUCCAAUCGGCGGGUUCAGUCUGACGCUGAUGGGUAUCGCGGUGCUAACGUUACGUUCUCGGGUUUGCUGAAUGCCAUGGAUGGAGUUGCAAGUGCUGAAGAACGUGUGAUAUUUCUCACGACGAAUCAUGUGGAGCGGCUAGACCCAGCUCUGGUUCGGCCUGGCCGGGUGGACUUGACAGUUCGUUUGGGCGAGGUCACUCGGUACCAGGUUGCAUGUCUCUGGGAUCGAUUUUAUAGUGAGUUGGAUACAGAUGGAAAGUAUCGAAAGAUCUUCCUCGACCGACUACACGAGCUUGGAUUAAUAGAAGACGAAAACGGCCGGGAGCCCGAUCAACCGAAGGCGACAAGUGCGGCCGCCCUGCAGGGCUUAUUCUUGUACAACAAAGGGAAUAUGGAUGGCGCCAUUGCGAUGGCUGAGGCGCUCACAUAUUCGGUCCACGAAGAAGCCAUGGAGCAUGAUCGUCCAAAUGGCAACUAACUGUAUAUUAUUUUAGACAUCUUUUGCAUACGGACCUCGAACAUGCAGUGUACUUCUAUGCGACAUAAACAGUCAUUUACAUAUAACCCACUUUAGUUGGUUUAAGGCAACGGUGCUAUUACCUGAAAGUUGUGCAUUACCCUUAGUACCAUGCAUUCCUGGAUCAUAAUUGACAUUUCGCUGGGCCCAAUCCACCACCCUACCUUCUCUGAGCAGCUUUUAUAAACUCUCUUAAGAGGGAAUUGCUGGGUGAUUGCAAAUCCCAAGGGGAAUAUCUUCCUCGCAAAGUCACCCACCCAUGUGGUCAAGCUGCCCAUAUUCCCGCCUACUAUAUCCCUCCUCCACGGCGAUAAAUCGGCCUUUCGGUACUACUAUGCCUUUUUCAAGACAUAGGUAGAUUCUCAAGCUCAAUUGACUCGGUGAGAAUUCAAUCUAGCAAAUAUAUAACAUGGGCUUUAUUCAAUGGGCUUUAUGGCAGUGGGGCUCUUGAUAUUUUAUACCCAGAGUUUGAUCAUUCGUUGGAAAAUAUUAGUUUUAUACUAUAUAUUAGCAGUGACACUUAUUGCUUGAAAUCAAUACAAAAGAA